GAGGAUGUGGGCGGCUAUCUGGAUUUUAUGGACACACAUAACACACACAUAUGACACCCAAUAAGGCAAUGGUCUUCAUACUAACAUCAUAAUAUAUGUUGGGUCUCUGGCAUGGCUUUUAUGCUUUCUGAAUGCUUUUUAUGCUUUGUUUGCAGAGCACUGAUGGUUUUUUGAGGUCUAUAAGAGAUCUGAAUGCUGAAGCUGACAGACUCGAUUUGAUAAUUCUAACAGACUUUAAAUGAAUAAUAAAAUAGAUUUUUACGAAAAGAAAACUUUAAGACAAUUCUCUGAUCUACGCUUUCAAGCAAAAGCAAUACCCAUAUUGAUAAGAUCCCUUCACCAUGUUAGUCACCAGUUUGCAGGCAGUUAGUUCAGUCUGUCCCGGCAACAGUAAUGGAGAGAGGAUGACUACAGCUCGAAGGCCAUCUACUGUUUUUGGAUGGUCCAGAACUGAGAAAGUAGAUAGGAGGGUGGAGAGGAGAAACAAGAUAUCCCCUGGAGACCUCAGGCGAGAAGAGAUUGCGGAUAAGCUGAAGUGUCCACUGGUCUUCCUGGCGCCUGUGAUUCUGAUACUCGCGUUACUUCUGGUGUUGUUUGCUGUUUAUUCAGUGAAACCGUUUCACAAAGCUUUAAAUUUCAUCAGUGGAAACUGCAAAGUUACUGGAAGCCGACUGGAACCUCAGGGAAGCUGCAACUCUGGGGGAAAUAUCUUUAGUCCAUGUGUUCAGAUCAAGAUUGCGUUGAGGCUAUCUGAUAGUUCGAGGCAGCUUACCCUGCUAAUGGAGAAUGAACAAGCUUUGUCAAACUGCCAGCAGUGCUCCUUCACUUUUGGUCAUCACGGGGUUUUCGCUGAUCGCCUGGUGGACUGUCAGGGUUGGCAGAAGAACUAUAACAAAUCUGCAUGUGCUACAAAGUAUCUUCUGCAAUUUGGUCAGAUUAAUACCACCUUCCCAUGUUUCUACAAUCCCACAGUACCUCAGGAAGUAAUUAGGAGAAAGGAGCUGACACUGGGAGUAGCAGUGAAUUCACUGCUGUGGCCUUUUCUGAUUCUUUUGGGAUAUGGAUCUGCAGGUGGAUUUGUUCUUUUCGACUACAGUAAAAGAAGGAAGCUGAACAAUCUUUUGGAGAGUCAACAGACAAAGGAAACUCAAAAGGAAAAGAACUCAAUAAAGAGACAUAAGAGAAACAAACCAGCUUGCCGUCAUGGCAACCAUUUUACCAGCUACCUUUACAUGUCUAAUGGGUCGCUAAGCUGUACCUGUUUGGACCACGUUUGUGAAGAGCCUCAGACUACCUUAACACCAAGUGCUGAGGCAGCACCAAGCCGUCCAUCAAUUGUUCGUUGGACAGAACAGGAUCUCUUGGACCUUGAACACCUGGAUUUGGCUAUCACAGACUAUAACCAGAGUCGGCCAUCCUCAGUCUACUCCAAUGUUUUCACCCUACAGGAUGGCGAGGUGAUUGUAGAUAAUGAAACAGAAUGGUAUGGACUUCAUGGAGAUAUUAUCUUUGGAAUAUCUGAACAAGAUAUUGACAACUAUUUUGCCAGUAUUUCUAGAAGGCAUAAUUUCCGUCAGAGCAUUCUCCCAUUUCAUCCAUUCGGGGGUAUGGAUGAGACUAGGGUGUAAAUUGUUGUGGGAUGGUUGAAUUUAGAGCCUAAAUAAUACUUUUGAUUGUACUUUCAGCUUCCACAUGCAAAUAUAACCUUACACUUUCUGCUAAAAUUCCUAUCCCAGCAAAUAUUCAUGAAAUCAGUAGAUAUUUGUUAUAAUCUGAAAUUCUUCAGCAAUUCUAGUAACAAUACUUAAAAAAAAUUAAUUUGAAGAAACUUUAGAUCAAAAAUAUGAAGGAUUUUUGGAUUAUUGCUCCAAAUCUACUCUUUCUCCCCCACCAAACCAAUGUUCUUGACAGAAUAAAGUUGAACAAAUCACAACAGCCACUUUCACUUUAACAUUAGCAGACCGAUUAUGAGCAUAUAACAGUCAAAUCCAAUCCUGCCCUCAUUUAAUGUCCGCAAUAAGGACCCCAUUUGGUAGAGCAAUAGACAAUAGCCUUCAGGAACCCGGGCUGAUUUGUUUCCCCCAACUAUUGUCCAGGGACAUUGACACUGAAACCAACUGAGAACCUACCGUGUUGGUACGUGGGAGCAGUGAACCAGCAUUUAUUUUUAAAGUCCAAAGUAGGCCAUUUUUAAAAAAUAAUGUGGACAUUACCCUUAAUUCGAAAACUUGAACCUAAAACUUUAAUUGGACCCAACUAAUUUCUGGCAUAUCAUGCCUCCAAACUAAAGCUAACAUGCUAACAACAUCCUAGCAACGUUACUCCAAUUUUCUUCAAAGUCACAGACUGUACAAUUUCGCUUGGCAAUAAAUUCCAACGCAUGAAAGGAGA